AUUGUUCUUAAAAUAGAGAUCAAUAUGCACCACAUAAGCCAUAGAAAUCAACUAGAGUUUCCAUUUGGAGUGGACAACCACCAAAACAAAACCAACAUCUACUUUUCCUCUUCCAAGAAAAAAACACAAGAUUUUCUUCUCAUUCUUGCAUUCUCUCAAAUUCUUCUACCUUACCCAAAUCACAUAUUCUAUUUUUUCCAUGCAAAAUUCAUUGACAAUAUUGCAUGCAUAAUAUUCAACUUUUUUAUGCCUUGGUAACAAUAAGGCAAUGCAUAUUUUGAAUCAUAUCAAAAAAGUCUCUAGUAUAUACAAUGGAAUUAAAUAUAAGAAGUGAAAGUGAUGAGAAAAUAUAGAUCUAUAUAGAUACAUAUACAAUAAGUGAUUGGAUUGAGAGGGAAAAAAAACAGAAAAAUGGCAAUUUUAAAGAACUUAACCGUAGAUGAAAUGGUGUGCUAUUCACCAACUAUGAUAACAACAAAUGGGAUAUGGCAAGGAGAUAACCCUUUGGAUUAUGCUCUUCCUCUCUUCAUCCUUCAAGUUAUUUUAGUUGUUGUUGCCACGCGAAUCUUCGUCUUCGUACUCAAGCCUAUUCGCCAACCACGCGUCAUAGCUGAAAUCUUGGGAGGGAUAGUGUUAGGUCCUUCUGUUCUUGGAAGAAACAAAACAUUUGCUGAUGCAGUUUUUCCUCUAAGAAGUGUAAUGGUGAUUGAAACAAUGGCAAAUGUUGGUCUUUUAUAUUUUCUAUUCUUGGUUGGAGUAGGAAUGGAUGCAUCUGCAAUAAGAAGGAUGGGUAGAAAAUCACUCACCAUAGCCGUUUCUGGUAUGGUGUUACCAUUCGGAACGGGAGCGCUAUUUUCGAUCUUUUUGAUGAAAGACGGUGAGAAAGCCACAAAUGGAAGUGCUUUUGUGUUAAUUCUCGGCGUUGUUCUUUCUGUCACUGCAUUUCCUGUUCUUGCUAGGAUCCUUGCAGAGUUAAAACUGAUCAACUCAGAGUUGGGAAGGGUUGCUCUUUCAGCUGCAAUCAUCAAUGAUGUUCUGUCAUGGAUGCUUUUGGCUAUAGCCAUUGCUUUGGCAGAAGAUGAGAGAAUUUCUGUGGCUUCUGUAAUGGUUGUUUUGUCGAGUGCUGCAUUUGUCGCCUUUAAUGCUUUUGUCGUACGGCCGAUAAUCAUGUGGAUAAUAAGGAAAACGCCAGAAGGCGAAUCGUUUAGCGAUUUCUAUAUAUGUUUGAUACUAGCAGGUGUGAUGAUAUCAGGUUUCAUCACAGAUGCUAUUGGAACUCAUUCUGUUUUCGGUGCUUUUGUGUUCGGUUUGAUUAUUCCAACCGGUCCACUUGGUUUCGCUCUUAUUGAAAAGCUUGAGGACUUUGUUUCGGGCCUUUUGCUUCCUCUCUUUUUCGCAAUUAGUGGAUUGAAGACUAAUGUUGGUCUCAUCACUGGUGUUACUAAAUGGGCCGUUAUAAUCAUUCUUGUUGUUUUGUCUUGUAUCGGUAAAGUCGUUGGAACUUUGAUUGUUUCUAUUAGUUAUCAAAUGUCACUUUCUGAAGGUGCUGCUCUUGGCAUGCUCAUGAACACGAAAGGCCUAGUUGAAAUUCUUGUUCUUAACAUCGGUCGAGAUCAAAAGGUUUUGGACGAGGAAGCGUUUGCGACAAUGGUGGUUAUAACAGUACUAAUGACUGGAAUGAUUGUGCCUGCAAUAUCAAUUAUAUAUAGACCAUCAAGAGGGAUGAUAUCUUACAAAAGAAGAACGAUUCAAAUGUCGAAAAAAGAUGCAGAGUUUAGAGUACUAGUGUGUAUUCAUACCCCAAGAAAUGUUCCAACUAUGAUAAACCUACUUGAAGCCUCAAAUCCAACAAAGAAAUCACCAAUAUGUAUCUAUGUGCUCCAUUUGGUUGAGCUCACGGGUCGAACAUCGGCGUUACUCAUUGUUCAUACAUCGAAAAAAUCAGAUCAUACUGCUCUCAACAGAACCGAAGCUCAAUCCGAUCAUAUAAUCAACGCUUUCGAUAACUACGAGCAACACGCGGAACAUGUAUCAGUCCAACCAUUAACAGCAAUCUCCCCUUACUCCACAAUGCACGAAGAUAUAUGCAGUUUAGCCGAAGAAAAACGUGUCGCGUUUAUAAUCAUCCCUUUUCAUAAACAACAAACAGUCGACGGAGGAAUGGAGGCAACAAACAUGGCGUUUCGUACGGUUAACCAAAAUGUGUUAGCGAAUUCGCCUUGUUCCGUUGGAAUUCUAGUAGAUAGAGGCUUAAACAGUUCGAACCGUUUAGUUGCCGAUCAAAUGUCACAUCAUGUAGCAGUUUUGUUUUUCGGAGGACCAGACGAUAGAGAAGCGUUAAGUUAUGGUUGGAGAAUGUCGGAACAUUCAGGAAUAAGCCUAACCGUUAUGCGUUUUGUUGCUGGAGAAGACACCGCGAUGAGCGAAAGCAGUACUAGUCAUAACAACAAUGCAGAUAAACAAAGAGUUUUAACAGUUGAAACAGACGAAGACGGAGAAACUGAUAAACAACUCGACGAGAGAUUCUUACAUUGGUUCAUGAUGAGUCAUGUAAACGAUGAUUCAAUUGCGUAUAUCGAAAAAGUUGUUAACAACGGGGAGGAGACGGUUGCGGCGAUAAGGUCAAUGGGAGAUGUUUUUGGGCUAUUUAUAGUUGGGAGAGGACAAGGAGUUAUAUCACCACUGACUGCAGGACUUACUGAUUGGAGUGAAUGUCCGGAGUUAGGUGCAAUUGGUGAUUUGUUAGCAUCUUCUGAUUUUGCAACAGUUGCAUCAGUUUUGGUGGUUCAACAAUAUGUUGGUGCUGGUUUAGAAGAUGGAUUGGGAACACCUGUGUUAAAUGAAGAAUAUGGUGGUGGUGGAAAUCAAUCAAAUUUCAUGCAACCAAGGGGGAGUCAAACUGUUACUUCACCAAGGGGGCAUCAAUCGGUUUUUAGUACAGAAAGGUGUUGAUUUCGAUUUUGGUUAUGUAUUCUGGUGUGAUAGAAGCAUGGUCCUGGAUAGAACAUUACGGCAAAAGUUGAUCUAUGUAGCCGAGUCCAUUUAAUGGGAUAAGGCUCGGUUAUUGAUGUAUUCUGGUGUGAUAACAAAAUAGUUUCAACUAACUUUUUCUUUUUUUUGAAUUGGGUCUUCAUGCUAGUAGUGGUUUACUUUUGAAACUUUUGUACAAAAUGUACAUAGAUAUGUACAAUUUCAUUGUUUAGUAGUAUAUUCUUUUA